AUGUCAGAGAGUACCUUAUAUAACCAGCCCGUGGUGGUGGACAAUGGCUCGGGGAACUUAAAGGCUGGCUUUGCAGGCGAGGAGAAGCCCAAAACUUAUGCCUCGGCCAUCGUAGGUCGACCGAAGUACCAAAAGCUAAUGGCAGGUUCAUUGAUUCCAUCAUCCACGUCUUUGCGAGCCGACACUACUACAGCUUCAGCAACACGAGCUACAACGACAUCAUCGUCAUCAAUAACGACAAGAACAACAGCAUCAGUAGCAGGAUCAUUUUCAAGCGACUCGGAUGUGUUUUUAGGCGACGCCGCCCAGAAUAAUCGGGGACUAUUGAGACUCAAUUACCCUAUAGAGCAUGGCAUCGUCAACAAAUGGUCGGAUAUGGAGUUACUUUGGGAACACAUGUUCACACAGGACCUCAAGGUGCACGCGGAGGAGCAUCCGCUUUUGAUAACCGAGGCGCCGCUCAAUCCACGCAGCAAUCGCGACAAGAUGUGUCAAGUGAUGUUUGAGAAGUUCAAUGUUCCAUGCAUGUAUAUAUCGAUCCAGGCUGUGCUUGCCCUAUAUGCCCUGGGUCGAACCACGGGCGUCGUCAUUGAUAGCGGCGAUGGUGUCACCCAUGUUGUGCCUGUUUACGAGGGCUUUUCCCUAUCUCCUUCUAUCAAGAGGAUGGAUGUUGCUGGAAGGGACAUUACGUCGCAUCUAUCGUUCAAUAUCAGACGCAUGUCGGGUGUGGCGUUGCAGAGCAGCUCGGAGCUCGAAGUUGUGCGGAUGAUGAAGGAGAGCUGCUGCUUUAUCUCCAAGGAUCCCAAAAGGGACGAGAAGUUGUAUCGAGCGUACUACAUGCGGCGGGGCGCGUCCUCGUCUAAUGGUGAAAUGUUUAGCUCGUACAAGUUGCCCGAUGGGCACGAGGUCAAUCUUGGCGUUGAGCGGUUUCGUGCCCCUGAAAUCUUGUUCAACCCCCAGCUCAUUGGCAACGAGAGUCCCGGUAUACAUGAGCUCACAUCGUUGGCUAUCGCCAAGACCGACUUGGACCUCCGGCCGACACUUUACCACAACAUCUUGCUCUCGGGUGGGAACACGUUGUUGAAAAACUUUGGCGACCGGUUAUUGAAGGAGUUGAAGGACGCCCAGGAUCAAACUAGAGAUGCAUCGACUUCGAUUUGGAACAAGUCAAUCACCGACGACACUUAUAAUACCAAGAUGAAGGUGAAGAUCUUUGCUCCGCCCGAGAGAAAGUACUCCACAUGGAUAGGUGGCUCCAUCUUGGCUGGUCUUUCUACGUUUAAGAAAAUGUGGGUUACAUCGGAGGAGUACAAGGACAAUCCCGAAUUAGUUCACACGAAAUGUCUUUGA